AUGCCACCAAGAUUUAGAGGUCAAACAAUUCAAUUACGUGCUUUACAACGUUUGGCAUAUGAGAGUGGUGAAAAUAAUGACAAUGUUCUUCCAUCCCAAAGCCUUGGGUUAGAUAGACCAGAUUCUCAAUUUAAGGAAUACCAAAGUAGAAAUUUGAAAGGGAAGUACAGUGACGAAGAGAGAAGGAGAAAAGAAGAUGCAGUGGAUAUGAGUCGGCGUAGAGGAGGAGAUGAGGAAGGACGAAAACAUAAGACAAAUGUAAAUAUGGAUGAAUUUAUUACAAAUACAAACUGGCGCUCCAAUACUGGAGAACAUUCAGAAAAGACCUCUAAUCAAAGUGACUUCAAAAAAGAAGAUGAAAUAUCAAGAAUACCAUGGAGAAGUUCAGGUAUUAAGACUAACGAAGUUUCAACCAACUGGAGAGAUGCACAAUUAUCUGGUACAAACAUAAACAAUACUACAUUUGGAAGUUUUAAGUUUAGAAAAGAAACAAAGUCUGAAUUUAUAGAUGAUAGACCUGACUACCUAAGAAAUAGGUUUAAAAAGGCUGCUAGUCUUGACGUAGCCAAAAGUAAUGAUAUAACUUCAAAUUCCUCGCUUCAACGUAAUAAAGACACUAUGGAAACUAUGUUAAAGAACCCAAAUAAAAAUGUAAUGUUGGAACAAACACAAAGUACAUCGAGGAUGCAAACUAAACCUCAAUCAAAAUCUAUAAAUAUUACUUCCAAAGUAAAGGAAAUGAGUAAAUAUGAAAAGUUAGAAUCAAUACUGGAGAAGUGGAACAUAAACAAUCCAGAAGUUAUUGAUUCUUUUGAAAAGAGUAUUUGGAGAUGUAUUUUGGGAUAUGAACCUAAACAAGCAGCAACACCCAGUCAGUUCUACUCUAAAGGAACUUUUCCAAUUCCUUCAAAUGAAUCUGUUGAAGCUAUGAUUGCAAAAUGGAAUGAAAUAUUAGAUCCUAAUGACUUCGAGAAACUACUUCUAUGUGUCAAGUACUGUCACGUACUAGUUAUGGCGUCAACUUGUAUAAGAGAUUAUUCCGAUUUAAAACUUUUAAUUGAGACUUUAAAACCUUCCAUAGAUUAUCUUGUAGAAAGAUGUUCCUCAGUAGAAGAUGAAACUAUACUUUUAUAUAUUUUAAUUGAAACUCAGAGAGCUGCUGAAGCUAUUGGUUUUCCUAAAUUGGAUAAUUGUACAAGUCUUUUGGAAGCUCUAUGGUUGGCAUUAUAUCAAACAAAAUUAGUUGAUGAAGUUAUAUUUAAUAAGUGGCUAUAUGAUGCAAAUUUAUUCACUGAGCAAAGCAAAGUUGGAAGGAAAAAUGCACUAUUUGAGCUUACAGCCUUUUAUGAUUGGUUAAAUUAUCAUGAGGAAGACAUAGUUCCUGAAGACGAGGAAGACUAUGAUGAAGAAUAUUGGGAAGGAUACUAG